UGUGUGUGUGUGUGUGUGUGUGUGGCGCGGAGAGCACGUGUUACUCACAGAUUUCAGGUAUUCAACUGCGAUCUAACAGCGAUUAACCUCUUUCAAUUGUUCGAUUUUGAUCUCAUUGAUCCAGAACUCGUAAUAUCGCAAGUUUAAACAGCAAAAUUAAGCUCGUGAAAGAAGAUGGGGAAAUUGGGGCCUCGUUUGGCAAGUAGAAAGAAGGCGAAACGAUGGGCGAAAGGUCAGAGCUCGAGUUCGAAUCCGGUGACCACGAAGCACCGUGAACAAGCGAGCGGAAUGUUUUUUAAGGAGCUCUCCUCGGUGGCGACGGUAGGAGAACGCGGAGGUAUUACGAGGGAGGAUCUACGAAAGCACGACGCUAUCCAAGGUAUUGGGCCGCAUUUCGCCAGGCUCGACCUAGACACGAAGGAGGAGGACGAGAGAAGCAGCGUGGUGACUGACGGUACGGCGAAUACGCGCGACACCUUUGCUACCAAUUACAGCAAUUGCUCGAAUCUCUCCUUCGGCAGAUUCCUCGAGCGUUUUCAGUCGAGCUCGAUCGUACACAAGGAGAUGCUGGCGGUGCUGGCAGCUGUCACAGAGAUCAUCAAACAGAACGGCGGCAGCGAAAGCUCGACCGAAUACUUUGCCGCGUUAAUGAGCACUUUGGAGGCAGUGGAGGACGACACCUCCGUAGCCGCGACGCUCUCGCUGCUCGGGAUGUGUCUGAGAACGGUACCGAGGACGGUCCUCGCAUUGCAGUUUGGCCCGACGAGUCGGGCCCUUUUUGGAAUUCUGUCGCGAUACGCGGUCGCCGAAGGGAGCGAGAACCAUCUAAUACUGCGGCAUUGCAUUGGCUGCCUCGUGGUGUUGUUGAGAGCACAGGAGGCUGCCGUCUGGUCCAAUUCCUCAACGAUGCAGGCGAUGGAUGCCAUAUUAUCCUUUGUCAUUCACGCCAAGCCCAAGAUACGGAAGUCCGCCCAGCACGGAGUAUGCGCCAUUCUCAAGGGUGGCACGGGAUCAUCAAUCGGCCAGGCGGACUCGAAUCCGUCGCCACCGCAUCAUCCGGCCGCGGGACGGGUCGCGGCGCACUGCGUUGCGCAACUCGACGCCGCUUGCGAGUCAGGGAGCUCCAAUUCCAUGGGAGUGACUACCCUUCUGCACGUCCUAACUCUUCUCAAGGAUAUAAUGCACCAGUUCCCAAAGUCACAUGUGAGGACCGUCUGCGAACGUCUACUGAGUAUCAUGACGUUGAACAACGUCGUGAUAACGUCCUGCUGUUUGCAGACGUUGCACGGAUUAUUUGUCACGAGGCCGUCAGAGGCGACGUUAUCCUUCUCGCAAAACGGCAACAUCAUUAAGGCUCUUUACGACUAUCAGCCGUCCGCGAACGACCCGCAGCCGACUCUAGCGUGGCUGGCAGUCUUGCGGGAGGCUCACUGCAACCUCGCGCACCUGGCCGCCUCCUCGACUUCCUCGAAAAGGCUGCCGUUUGGCUGCUCCGCUGCUGUCGACGUCUUCUCGACGCUUGAUUACGUCAUGCUGGAAACGCUCGAUAGGUGCGUCGGGCUUUUGCUCUCCGACAAAACGGAAAUCGUCGCUGGUGCAGCGCACACCGUCAAGACCAUUCUACAGGAGUGCGUGGCACCUCUAUGCGAGCAGUCUGGCGGUGGAAUCUUGCUCGUCAAGCCCAUCUUGCGGCGCGUCGUCGAGACGAUGCACAAGACUCUGAGCUAUCGGUACCUCGGCGCCUGGCGGCACGUUCUUCAUCUCACAGCCGUCCUUUUUCAAGUUACCAGUGGCUCCAACCACGAGCUCCACGAGCUCACGAGGAUUGUCAAGACUCUGGGAGAUUUGCGAGAUUUCCACGAUUUUGCGUACAAUCGUGAGGCCGAGUACGCCAUCGGAGCGGCGAUUCGGGCGAUGGGACCUCGAGCCGUCUUGAACAUUCUCCCUCUUGAAAUCAGCAAUGACAACGGCAACAAAAAUAUAUUCAAUCUUAGACGGAGCUGGAUGAUUCCGCUGCUCAAGGACUGCGUGACCGGUGGCACCAUCGUCCUCUUUAAGGAUGUUCUGUUACCGAUCGCCAUGCGAUGCGAGGAAAGAGCCAAGAGUACGUCUCGCGCAGACGGCAAGACGUACGAGUGCCUGGUAACGCAGAUCUGGUCCAUCUUGCCGAGCAUAUGCAACGACGCCAGCGAUGUCAAGGAUAACUUUCAGCACAUUGCCAGGUUGUUGGGUAUAGCCAUCAAUAGUCGGAGGGAACUGAGGCUACCCGCGAUGGCAGCUUUGAGGAAGCUAAUCGCCAAGGCGACACGGCCACGGCGGAAUGAUGCCGCCGAGCGGCAAGACGACAACAACGACGCCGUUGCCGUUGUUGCUGAACUCGCCCGUUUCGCUAAGAAUUAUCUGCCGAUACUCUUCAAUCUGUAUACGACGAGACCGAGCGGCACGGACGAGGAGGGAGCGCGUCUCGCUGCGUUCGACACGAUUAAGGCUUACAUGACAAUCGUGAGCAGCGAAUUAGCCAACAAGUUGUUCGAUGAAGCGCUGAACAAACUCGACGAACCUGGCGCGGAUGACUUUUCCAAGGAAAGCGUUUACGAUCUAACGAGAACGCUGAUCGGUUACACGGACGCUGACAGAUUGACCAAGUACUACGACUGCAGGUGCGUGCCGGUCCUUAUGGAUAACACCAAGCGAAGGGAUCAAAAGAAAGCUUACCGCUUCCUCGAGGAGAUAUGCGGCAGCGAGAAGGAUAUUUGCAAGCGGUUCUUGCACGACCACCGACGUCAGAUUCAGAAGACGCUGAUCGGCGCCGCGUCGGCGACCAGCGUCAUCGAGACGAGCAGAGGAGCGCGUCUCCGAUGUCUCGCGCAUCUUGUCAGGAUACACCCGCAGCUCGAGGGCACCAAGUUCCUCGAGGCGAUUGUGCCGGAGGCUGUGCUCUCCGUCAAGAAUAUUAAUGAGAAAUGUCGCGACGCGGCGUAUCGUCUGCUCAACGCGAUCGCCGAGAGAUUUCUUGGCAAUCCCGAAUAUUUCAAGGACUACGUGGAUAUUCUGAUGGUGGGCUUGGGCGGGGAGCCAGCGUACGUUUGCGCCAGUCUUCUUGCUCUGGCGUCCAUCACUUAUCACCAUUAUCACGCACUCGGGAUGGAGACGGUCGGCGAAAUCUUGGGACACGUUUGCACAAUUCUGACGAGUCCUACCAGAGAGAUCGUCGAGUCCGCCUUGUCCUACGUCAAGGUGUAUAUCAAUGUUACGCCUCCCGACGUGAUGGCACCGACCCUACCGCGAAUAGUCGGCGCACUCUCGCAAAUGAGCGAGGACUGUAAGCGCCAUUUUCGCCAAAAGGUGCGAGACAUGUUGGUCAAACUAAUAAGAAAGUACGGCAUAGGGCCGAUAUCGAACAUGGUGCCGGCUUCGGACAUGACUCUGCACAAGAGACUAAAAAAUAUCAACAAGAUAGAGGAUGCUAAGAGGAAGAAGCGGGAGCUGGAAAGGGCGAGAAAGUUGGAGCAGGAUAGCGAUGAGGAAUUUGAUGCCAAGAGAAAACCCAAGAGCAUAGAGGAGAUAUUGGCUGACAGCGACGAGGAAUGCUUUGAAGCUAUGGAGAACGAAUCAGAAACAAAGAGAAAGAAGAGAGGAACGUCAAGAAGGCUCACUUGGAUUCAGGAAAGUGAAGACAACAUAGUCGAUUUUGCAGAUCCCACAGCUGCUAGAAAUAUCACAACUACACAACCGGUAUCAAAUCCAAAGAUUCUAGAGAAGAAAGUAAAGGAUCCUGACUUUGCGACUGCACCUGAUGGUCGUCUCAUCAUUAUGGAUAAUAACGAGAAGGACCGCGACGCUGAUGAAAGGAAUAAGAAGAGAAAGAAGAAAACUUCUUUCCUUCAGAGUGAUUCAGAAGACGAUUAUAGAAACGAAGAUGAUGUAUCGGUGAUGAGCACCAAGAUUACUGGGAAAAAACGUAAAUAUAGUGAGAGCACGCUGGACGCGACGAGCUUAAAGAGUCAAUCAUCGUCAAGAUAUCGAGCUGGUGGUUCGGGUAUUCAUCGAUCCUUAAAAAUGAGAAAGGUAGAAAGUGAACCUGGUUCAGAAUAUCGUGCGACGAAGGCUAGGGGAGAUAUUAAGAGAAAGGGUAAACCAGACCCCUACGCAUAUGUACCUUUGACGAGGUCUAUAUUGAACAAAAGAAAAAAGAAGAAAAACAUAGGUAAAUUCCAGAGUAUAGUUACCGGAGCGAGAAAAGGCGCUCGCACAGGUAUACGGAAUAAACGAAGAAAAUGUUAAAAACGAACAACAGUCCCUUUAGAUCGUUAAUAUUAUCUAACGUUAAUAUUAUCUAACGUUAAUAUUAUCUAAUCGUAAUAUUAUCUAAUGAUGUAUCAUUAUUA